CCAAGGCCCAUUCUUUUUUGGUCUUUUCAAGACGAAAGUAGCAGUAUCCCCUUCGACCGCGAAUCUUGAGGCGAUUCCGAUCCAGCUGCAUCCCACGCCGAAGCGACAGAGCGGCCCGAGCCCAAGCUUGAUCGCGCCACCCGGUCGUCGCACAUCGGAGCUCCCGCAGAACCCGUUUUUCAUCCAUCACGGUCGCAUCGCAACACUGGCGGAAGCUUUGCUAGUCGCUCCCCGAGCGUAAAGGGGCGAGCCCCAGAUAGCCGUCAUGGCCGAAGACCGGAAAGACGACGAGGCCACUAUCAAGGUCGCGUCCAAGAAGAACACAGCGAAGGGAAAGCUUGGAGGCUUCAAGCUGAAAGAGAAGAUCCCCAAGCUUAAGGAUGCUGGCAGCCAGGAUGGCGUGCUUGAAGAUAAGAAGAGCAAGACAAAUGCCAGCGCGGCGGCCAACAGCGCAGUAUCACCGAGCGAGCCAUUCCACGAACUCGAUGAACUCCCCCGGGAGACCUUCAUCAAGGGCUACCCCAUGGUGGAUGCCCCAGCCUUGACGUCAUGCAAGUGGUGCAAGAAGAGCAUCCUCAUGACGACUGCAGUCGAACACAUAAACGGCUGCCUGAAGAUCAAGAAGGAGAAGGCAAACCGGAAGAAGGCUGCACGAGAGGCCAGGGAGCGCGCAAAGGAGGCCGCGCUGCGAGAGGCCAGGGAGCGUCGGGCAGAAGAGGAGGGCAUCACGCUUGGCGCGGAUGGCGACAGCGGUGAUGACGACGAAGAUGGGGAGAAGGUCCCUGGCAAGACAACCAAGAAGGUCGCCGGCAAGAAGACGGGAGAGGGCGGUCCUUCUGGCAAGAAGAGGAAGGCCGAGGGCGAGGCGGAUAAGGGCCCGAAACAAAAGAAGAAGAAGGAUGAGCCAAAACCCAAGACAAAACCCAAAGGUCCCGUCGACGUCGAGCGGCAAUGCGGUGUUAUCUUGCCAAACGGACAGCCUUGUGCCAGAUCCUUGACAUGCAAAUCCCAUAGCAUGGGGGCAAAGAGAGCUGUCGCGGGGCGGUCCUUGCCAUACGACAUGCUCUUGGCAGCGUACCAGAAGAAGAACCAGGCCCGUCAACAGAAGGCUGCUCUCGAUGCCAACGCCCCGAUCGAGGAAGACGACGACCCCAACGCUGGGCCCGUCGACAGUGACGAAGAGACAGCGGCCGUCAUGGCCGCUCUCGCGAAAUGGAACCCACAGCCUAUUGUGGCCCAGCCGGUGUUCAAUACCAUUCGGCGUGAAUACCAAAUCAACCGGCUGCAACAACAGUUGGCAGCCGCCACGGACAAUGGGCGCAAGAACAUCUUCAAAGUCAGCGGCUACGGGUCUCAGCGCUUGCCACCGGGCCACACCGGCCACCGUCCUCCAAUUCCUGUCAUGCCGGUGUUAGACCAAGAGGAUGCUCCUGGUGAGGAAGAGGAUGAUGUUCCGAACAUGCCAGGCAGUGCAACCUUCGCACCGAUGCCGGCUCCGAGACAAGUGUCCGUAGGUGGUCCAGCUUAGAAGGCCGAGGACACACCAGGGAGGCAGAGUCCAAGGCUUCGGGCGGGACCAGGCGGGAAGGUCGCGAAGUCUCACCGGAAAGCCGUGGACUACUUCACUUGCGGCAUCUGCCGUGCGUCCUUCACCGCAAAGACGACGUUUCAGCUCCACAUGGCUACCACACACUCGGAGAACAAGCCUUACAGAUGUACCGGCUGCGGUAAGGGGUACUCUGGCAUCAAUGCGAAAGACCGUCCGAGAUGCACCUGUACUCAUUCCAACAUCGUCAAGGUUGCCAUUGAUGAGCAACCUGCCAUAUACCCGAGUAUAACUGUGGGUGUCCCGCUUCUACACAGCAGUACAGGUGCACAGGAUUGAGAAGCUGAAAACAGCUUGGCAAGGGAACACGUGGCUGGGGCUUGUAUACCAUGUCCGUUGAUUCCUCACCGGGGAAAUCAAGCUCACAUGGCUGUCUGCUGUGUAUCAGGGACUUAUGCCACCUUUAUCCUGGCACAGGUCUGGAAGAGUGCGAUCGAUCUCAGCACCAGCCAAAUGCAUUUUCAGUCGGACUUGGGAUGGUCCUGCCAACUGGCGGAGGGAGAAAUCAUGUUUACAACAACAAAUAGUUUGCAAGGCGUUGGAGGCUUCAUUUUUGUAAUUAUAGUAAUUCUCUAUUCCCAGGAAGAGCAUCAUGUCAUGCUGGGAAGGCCAGCACACCCAGCUGGCUGGAAAGGGUGUUCAUGAUACCACUAUGAAGCAAAAGCAGUCACAUAUACUAUUAUCUGUUCUCAAGCA